AUGACCAAAUCCGUGGCGACCGCGACCGCGGUACCGGUAGACCUCGAGGUUGGAGGAAGCAGGGACCAGAUCGCCGCCAGUGGAUCGGCCUCAUUCACCCCAGACGACACCCCUUCGAAAGCCGCAACACCACGGACAAGCCUCGAGUUCGAGGACCGGCCUUCACGACUCUCAUUCGUGGUAAAGACAUGGAGAAAGACCGAGGAAAGGUUACCCGCGCCCGUCACGCGAUGGAGCCGUAAAGCGAUGGCAUGGAUCAAGGGUCCGGAAGCACCUGAGUUGCACCGCAUCAACCCCCUGUUCGAGCCUAUACAGACUCUCCCUGCGCGUUUAGUUGCGCGUCUGCCCAAGCCGGUGCGCUUUUGCCUUUUCGUAACUGCAUUCGUAGUCUGGGCAGUGCUCUUUGGAGUUAUCAUCAGCGAUUACAGCUUGCCUGCGAAUCUUGCGGGCUAUGGAGCGCCAGUCAGGUUGGGCUGUACUGCGCAACUAUGGCCUAAUGCGCAGAGCUGCGGUGUAGACGGACGAAACUGCCUUCCUUUCGACAACUCUGCGUUCGCGUUCAACUGCCCGGCAGACUGUGCAGGUACCCAAGUCUUGAACCCUCGUGCGAUCGGUAACCAGUCGAUUGUUUAUCGAUCGUUGGUGGUGGGAGGUACGUCGAAUACCUCAGACGAUGACGCGCUUGUAUAUCGUGGUGAUUCGUUCAUUUGCGGGGCAGCCAUACAUGCAGGCGUCAUCAGUAAUGGAAGAGGCGGCUGCGGAGUCGUCUCUCUCAUAGGAGAGCGGAGCGGCUACGGUUCGAGCAACAGGAAUGGCAUCUCGAGCGUUGGGUUUGACUCGAGCUUCCCUCUGUCGUUCGACUUCAACCGAACAGAGACUGUGCUGAGUGCUUCAGACAAGUGCCGAGACCCUCGAUGGGAUCUUCUUAUCUUGUCUACUAUCUUCACAGCUCUGUUUGCUCUCUUUACGUCUAGUCCUGCCACGUUCUUUGCACCGAUUUUUGUCAUCAUCUUCUUUCAGAUAGCCAUGGCCUCCGAUCCACCCUCGUACUCCAACUACCCGUCGCUGGCUUCUACAACACUCGGACGCUUCCUCCCGGCGGCGUUUGUGGCUGCGUUGAUAUAUCGGUUCAGCAUUGGCAAAACUCUGCUCAACUGCAGAGCGCACAUGGAGAAGACGAUCCUUUGGGUGGGUGGGUGCUGGGUUGGGGCACUGGGCAACUACACCUUCGAGCAGAUUCCCAUCCAACGGCUCACAUCGCAUGACCUACAUCAACAGCCUGGCGCCAUCACCGCAUUGAUCAUCAUUGUACUCGUCCUUUUUGCCAUUGUUCUGUAUCAAGCUUGGUGCUUCAGGACGGAAAGGCGUCUUCCCAGGAUGCUAGGGUUGUACGCGAUCCUGGGGACUGGUUUACUCAUCUGCCUUGGUAUUCCAAAGCUGAGCCUGAGAAUACACCAUUACAUCCUUGCUUUGCUGCUGCUCCCGGGCACUUCCAUGCAGACGCGGGCCAGUCUUCUCUGCCAGGGUAUCUUAGUCGGACUGUUCAUCAACGGCAUCGCACGCUGGGGGUUCGAUCCUAUCCUGCAAACAGCUGCAGCGUUGCGAGGCGACGCACAGCUCGGCUCUGGCGUACCGUCUAUCGUUGCAGCAGUGCGCGGCAGCAACAUCACAUUCACGUGGGACGGCAUACUGCGAGGCUACGAGGGCGUCAGUGUGAUUGUCAACGAUGUGGAGAGAUACAGAGGCGUUCACGCUGGCAGCGAUGGAAACUUUACAUUGACACGGCAGGCUGCAGGUAGCCCGGAGUACUUCAGGUUUGGAUUCAUCAACUAUUUGCCGUUUGGCAGUGUGUCGUACAGCGACUUUACCAAAGCGGGCACUUGGUUUUCGAACGGGACGUGGAGUGAUCCUAUGCCCGGGCGUACUUUGUACUGA